AUGAGCUGCGCAAGGCUGCAUCAGCGCAUCCAUCUGCGCGCGAUCGCGUUGACGACCACCAGCUACCCCGCACUCGUCCCUUCGCGCUCGUUCACGAACGCUGACACGAGUGUCAUGACAGCAAGCGCGGUGGCCGUUGCGCGUCGCGCAGCCGCCAACACCGGGGCCAGCGGCCUGACUACUACCCCGCAGGUUGUCCACUACUCCAAGCUUGGCAUGGAUGGCUUUACCGACAUCAAGUUCAACACGGCCGCCGACGAGCUGCUGGAGCUCGUUGAGACGAAGGUGGAUGCUCUCGACAGCGCGGCGGUGGAGGAUGUCAGCUGCAAUGGCGGUGUUCUGACACUCGAGACGACGGAUAGGGGCACUUUCAUCCUCAACAAGCAAGCUCCGAGUGUGCAGCUGUGGCUCUCCUCUCCUAUCUCCGGCCCCCAUCACUACGACAUGGUCACCAUGAUGCAGGACGGCCACGAGAAGGUGUCGUGGAAGUCGGACCAUGACGGACAUGACUUGGUGAAGAAGCUGGAGAAGGAGUUGACGGAGGUGCUCGGCACUGACCUCAAACUGUGA